GGAGUUAGAAUGAACGAGGGAAAGGAUGCUGGCGCUGAAGACUAUACGAUAGCUGAUUCUCUAGAGAGACUGAGACCGGGUGUUCUGUCUGAAGUUAGUUUACAACCUCAUCCAUGGCUUGACGUGGUUAGAAGGAGAAAAUCGGCACAAGAAAUGAAGAUGGAGAGAGGAAUGGAGAGUUGUGCAGUGAGAGCAGGACUGAGUGCUGUUGCAGGCUAUGGACUUGGCGUUGUCUUGGGUCUUUUUACUGCAAGUAUGGAAUCUAAUGUAAUGGCUGAUGGCAGCAUUCGAGAGCAGUCAGUUCGAGAAGUCAUGAGAGACUUGAGAAAGCGAGGUCACUCAUAUGGCAAGAAUUUUGCUAUUGUGGGUGCCAUGUUUGCAUGCACAGAAUGUGCUGUAGAGACAGUACGAGGGAAAAGUGAUAAUCUAAAUGGUAUUAUGUCUGGCUGCAUUACAGGAGGACUCAUUGGGCUAAGAGCUGGAGUAAAGGCUGGAGUGUUUGGAUGUGCAGGUUUUGCUGCUUUCUCUGCAGUCAUUGACCAUUAUCUAAGGUGAUACAAUAACAUAUGUGUACAUUCAAAAACAUGACAUAUAUUUAUAGCAAUGGAAAGGUGUUUGCAGUGCCAUUUUGUAAUACAGUUGUGAGUACGUACUGUUAAAUAUACUGCAGAUUUUAUGUUACAUAAUGUACAAUUUAGGUGUAAGCAUAUAAUGUACUUGAUUUCGACAGCUUGAGU